UUAAUGGAUCACUCAUCUUACUAUCAUAAUCAUACAGUUUUCAUUACUCGAAGAUAAAAGUUCUCUCAUUUGCUCUUUAAUCUACGAACUUUAUUUUACAUAACCCGCAAAAUGGCAUUGUUUCGGCGAUCACAACUAAUAAUUUUACUAUGUUUUUUGUAUGUUUGUCAUAUCAAUGUGAAGGCUAGCGACUCGUCAGUUUCAAAUGAAGAGUUAUCAUCAUCAUCAUCACCAAAAACAACAGAAUCUUCCGAUAACUCUGGCAGUUCGGAGUCUUCAGAAUCUGGCGAAACAGGUGUUAAAAAUAUUUCAAAUAAUACGAAAGUCGAUUCAUUGGAUCUUAGUAAUAUUCCAGAAGAAGGACGAGAAGUCAUUGGCUUGCCACGUCGUAUGAAACACAGACAAGGAUGCCCAUCUGGAGAAGUUAUGGAUGAACACGGGCAGUGUCGAGAACUGAUAUGAUACGCCUAAGUAAUUGUUUGAAGGAUGUCAAGUUAGUAAUGAAAUGGAUGGAUAUAGAGUCAGUUAAAUCUUGCAAACUUUAAAUUGUGACAUUUAAACAAUAAAUAAAAAUCAAUGAUUGCUACAGUAGUAAUUUUGAAUUAUCAUAUUAAAAAUGAA